AGCUAGUUAUGUAUGUAUUAGUAGUCCAAGAUUUCGCCUCAAACAAAGGAACGGCGCAUAAAACACCCCGAAUCAAAAUCGUCACUUUCAGUCUCGUACUUCAUCACCGUUCACCCACACAAACAUUUCUCUCUCUCUCUCUCUCUCUCUCUCUCUCUAGACUCUGCGGCUCAUUCAUAGUUCUCUCCGAGGACGACCCAAGAACCCCAAGAAAACCAACCAAACCAUAUUCAAACAACAUUCAUUCAUGAUUCCUCAUCUACAUCUUCAUCUUCUUAUCGUCGUAAAAUGACCGUAAGAAGUGGGCCCGAACAAGAAUCGGAAUCAGCGAGCAACAACCCAAGGAACGGUUCCAUGAGAGUUAUCGUCCCUCUCCAGGGCGUCGUUCAAGGCAGAGGAGGUCUCGUCCUUGGCUCCCUCAUCCCCUGCGCUCUCUACUACUUCCUCCAGCUCUUCCUCAAACGACGCCGUCCCGACCCUCCUCCUCCUUCUUCUCCGCCGGAAUUAUUGGAUUCUCCGUCGCCGGCGGUUCUUCCCCAAACCCUGUCCCGGACGCUCCUCUCGCCGAGGGGAUACGGCGGGCCCCCUUGCGUUUCGGGUCGGGUCGGGUCAAUCUUGAAGGGUGGUGAGUCUCCUUACUUUGUUGGGUUGAGGAAGGUCGAGGAGGACCCGUACGAUGAAGUGCGUAACCCGGAUGGGGUUGUUCAGCUUGGCUUGGCCGAAAACAAGUUGUCGUUGGACUUGGUAAGAGAUUGGCUUGUGGAGAAUGCGAGGGAUGCUAUGUUGGGUGGAGGAGGAGGAGGAGGAGGGAAUGUUCAGAAGCUGAGCAUAAGUGGGAUUGCUAGUUAUCAGCCUUUUGAUGGGUUAAGGGAUUUGAAAGUGGCUGUAGCAAGUUUCAUGUCUCAAGUUAUGAGAAAUUCAGUCUCCUUCAACCCCUCGCAAAUUGUAUUAACAGCUGGUGCAUCACCUGCGAUCGAAAUGCUAAGCUUCUGCCUAGCAGAUAGUGGAAACGCAUUUCUCGUCCCUACACCAUGUUACCCGGGUCUGGACAGGGAUGUGAAAUGGCGAACCGGAGUGGAGAUAAUACCUGUUCCAUGCCGUAGUACAGACAAUUUCAGUUUAAGCAUAACUGCUCUGGACCUUGCAUUCAACCAGGCAAAAAAACGUGGUCUAAAAGUCCGGGGAAUUAUAUUAUCGAACCCUUCAAACCCAGUUGGCAAUCUCCUCAGCCGAGAAACACUUUCCAGCCUGCUAGACUUUGCCAGAGAGAAGAACAUACACAUAAUAUCGAACGAGAUAUUUGCUGGCUCCACUCGUGGAAGCGAAGAGUUCAUAAGCAUGGCAGAAAUCAUUGAUUCGGAGGAUCUUGACCGCGACAGAAUUCAUAUAGUUUACAGCCUAUCAAAAGAUCUCUCUAUUCCGGGGUUUAGGGUCAGUGUAUUGUACUCCUUCAAUGAGAAUGUUGUGGCUGCUGCUAAGAAGUUGGCGAGGGUUUCAUCCACAUCAGCUCCAUCCCAACGGUUGCUUAUAUCUAUGCUUUCGGAUGCGAAAUUUGUUGAGACGUUCAUUGAGACAAAUGGGGAGAGGCUAAGAAGAAUGUACCGCAAAUUUGUCGCAGGGUUGGAGCAAUUGGGCAUAGAAUGCACAAAGAGCAAUGGGGGUUUCUAUUGUUGGGCAGAUAUGAGUAGAUUUAUCUUUUCUUACAGUGAGAAAGGUGAGCUUGAGCUAUGGGAAAGGCUGUUGAGUGUAGCUAAGGUCAAUGUAACUCCUGGAUCUUGUUUCCAUUGUAUUGAACCUGGAUGGUUCCGUUUGUGUUUUACUAACUUGGCAGAAAGCGACAUUCCCGUUGUCAUGGAACGAAUUCGGAGAAUAUCCGUCGCCUGUAAAUCUCACAGUUGAAAAUAUUGUUGUUUAUAUGUAUAGGGGUAGGGUUGCCUACAAAUUCUUUUGAAGGAGAGCUUGCAAUGGAAUGAAUUACUUGGUCCUGAUGUUAUUAAUAUUAUGGACUGAUUAC